AUGUCGGAGCAUCUUCCUCCUCCUCAAAGGAGGGCUUCAUCCGGAUUCGGUGACCCCGCAUUGGUAUUCCCUGAGUUUGCUUCAAAGCAACGUGGCCUCGAGAGAGUUCAAGAAGGAGACAGAGAAGGAGAAGAUAGCAGCCACGGGAAAGGCUCUUUUGACCUGAGCUCCAGGUUCUCAAGCCCUUCCGUCUCUAGAAACGGGUUCGAAACCCCUAGAAAGACAUCAUCUCUGAAGCUUCCUGGAUUCCGUGAGGAAGAAGAAACAGACCGUAGUACAAACUCAGGUUCCUUUGUGGAUCGUGAGGAGAAGAGAAAGUGCCCUGGAUGUUUCAGAAAAUGCUGUGCAUGCACGUGCAUGUUUCUUUCCAUCGUGCUUAUAAUCUUGUUAUUGACAGGAUUGUCUGUGAACUCCUCGGUUAAAUCAAGACUACCUGAAGUUUCCGUUACAAACCUAAAAUUCUCGAGGUUAGAUUUUGCUAAUUCGACGAAGGAUCUUCUGUUGAAUGCGAACAUGAAGACAGUUCUUGAGCUGUCUAAUAAGGACGACAAGUCGGUUCUUUAUUACAGCCCCAUGAAAGCUGUUGUCUCUUCUGAGAAUAUAAACCUUGGACAGAAGAAGCUUGUUGGGUUCGUGCAAAGCCCUGGAAACGUUACGUAUUUGAGUAUUGCCACGAGACUUAGAAAGGGGAAGGUUUAUGAUGUUGAUGCUACGUUGUUGAGAAACAAAGAGAAGAAGCUUGAAGCUGUGGUUAAUGUGCGUUUGAGUGGGAAAUUGGGUUUUGAUUGGUUGGGGUUUAGGAUUCGUUUACCAACUGUUAUUGCUUGUGAAGAUGUGAAGCAAAGUGAUGUGAUUAAUGGACUCAAGCCCACGUGUGAUGUUCGAAUCUUUUCUCAGUGA